AUGGAAAGGACUGGCGGAUCUCUUCGAGCAGGACAUAUUGUGCUGGCCGCGGCGCCGUUGCCUCGACGGGCCGUCAACACGCGGCUGGUCCACUUCGAUCCCUUGCCGGAGCCCGGCCUCCACGCUGCCCAGGCGGAGGCAGCCUGCCGGUACGUUCCGCGCAUCUCUGCGGGGUGGCGGUUGGGGGGCACGUGCAGGGGCCCUCCAAAUGCGUCUGCAUGCUUUCGCGCACUUAGCCCCCCUCACAGCGAGCAGUCACCGCGGCACAAACCAAACAUGCUUUGCCCCGGUUGCAGGUGGUUCGAAGAGUGGACAUUGAUGGAAGUAGACGAACGGAGGGCCAGGCGGGUCGAAGGAGGGGAGGCAACGGCGCGUGUGGGCGAGCGCCUGGUGCAGCUACGACUCGAGCACGAGCACGCGAGUCCGAGCACGACGGAGGGGGAGGGGGAGGUGUGCGCGGGCGCCAAGUGCGCGCUCGAGCUGUGGCGCCUCAUCCAGGAGCGGGUCCAAGCCGAGGCGAGUGGGAAUACUCCAGGCCCGGGGGAGGCCACGAGUGUUGCGGCUCUGACCCUAGACGUCCAAACUCUGCACCGAUGGCUCCAGGAGGAUGCGGAUGCCCGCGCGACAUCCGGCAAGGCGGUGCUGAAUUGUCCCGAGCGUGGGCCGAGUGUCGGGGUCGCCAUCGAGCCUGCGAGCGGACCUAGCGUCACUUUGGCGGCAGACCUGACGGAAACCCUCGUCAGCUUGCACUGUCCCGAGGUGCCGGCCCACAGCAGCAUCGUGGCGGUGAUGAACGCCCGAGCACUCUUUGCGGAACCUGGCGACACCGCGAAGGAGGGCAGUGAGACCCUCGUAUGGAACGUUGUGUCCAUGUGGAUCGAAGUGGAGUGGCGUGCGCGCAACCACGGCGUCGCGUUGCCCACUAUCGCCGCCCUGCGCAUGGCAACCGUCACAUUCAAGAGCGCGGGGGGGGAGGAGGAGGAGGAGGAGGAGGAGGAGGAGGAGGAGGAGGAGGAGGAGGAGGAGGAGGAGGAGGAGGAGGAGGAGGAGGAGGAGGAGGGGAACGGAGAGAAGGAUGGAGUGAUGGAUGAGGGCGCACGGUGGAGUGGGCCGUUUCUGUGGGGGGAAGAAGCUUCGGAAGGGCAGGCGACUGAAGGGGGGGGUAGGGAGGUAGUGCCGAAGGAGGGCGGUGAGAAUAAGCAGGUGGAGACAGAGAAAGAGGAGCCACCGAUGUUGACAGCGGAGGGGGGAGGAGAGGAGGGACUGCUGCUGGGGAGGGAGACGCGGAAUCCGGAAGAGAGGGGGGGGGAUCCGUGGCGGGUGGAUGAUACACCACAGCCUCGAGACGUGGAUGCGCGAACCCUAGGCCCUCCUUGUCCGGGCUCGAUCCGGGAUGCCCAUGCCCUUGCACUGAUCCCCAAGGGGGGUGCGGAAGCGCAGCCGAUCGAGGGGGCGGGGGAGAAGGUAGCGCCGAAGGUGGGGAAGAAGAAGGAGAAAAAGACGUGGCGUGCGAAUGAUCGGAAGGGUUGGCGCGUGCCGCAGAGCCGGGGGGUCUGGGUGCAAAGGAAGAGGAAGAGGACCGAUGAGGGGGGGGAGGAGGAGGUGAAGGAGGAAGUGAAGGGGGAGGGGGGUGAAGUGAGGGAGGGAGUGGAGGAGAAGGGGGCGAGGAAGAAAGAGUGCAAGGCCGGGAAGGCAGGUGAGGACUCGGAGGACGUGGUGGAGGUGGCGGCCCAGCUGCAGGCGGACUCGCCGGCUGUCAUGGAGGGCCCCAAGGCGGCCGUGCUGGGCCACGGCCGGCGGGUUGGGGUGAAGGAGGAAGAGAAUGAAGCGAAGGAUGAUGUGAAUGAGGAAGUGAAGGAGAAGGGGGUGGAGGAGGAGGAGUGCAGGGCAGGGAAGGGGGUGGGGAGGCGGGCAGGUGAGGACUCGGAUGACGUGGUGGAGGUCCCCCAGGCGGCCCAGCUGCAAACGAACUCGCCGGCUGUUAUGGAGGGCUCCGUGGCGGCCGUGCUGGGCCACGGCCGGCGGGGUGGACCCAGAAAGGCCGCCCCGGUCGAUGAGGCGCCACUGAAAGGGAGGACUUGGAGGUCGUGUCGUACAGCCGCUGCCAAGGGAAAACCUGCCAGCUGUGUGCGAGGGGGGGGGCGAAAAGCGAAGCCUAGGGGCACAGCGACUCCAAGGGUCGAGGGAGAGGAGGCGAGCGAGCGGCCCAGAGCACGUCGUGCCCGCACGAACGAGGCCGCUCGGGGGGGGGGACGUCGCCCUCUGGAAUCCCACGUGGACGGAAACGAAAGCUAG